CCUUAGCUUGCAUACUUCCGGUGUCAUCCACCAUUUCGCUUGCUGGGAGAAUGAAAUGAGAUUUUUGACGCCUUUCAAACAUCAAUAGGCUAAUUUUUAACCAAUAGGUAUUAGAACAUGGAGGAGCCAACAUGUGCACCACCCAUUGAGAACCUGCAUGUGCCUACUUGUCAUCCUGAGAAGGAGACAAGAUACGUACUAGUAGACAACCAGACGGCUGACAUGAAAAGGCAACAGGAUGAUGACGUGUCUUGGACAGAAAUGUCAAUCAAACCUGAGGAAAGAGUCUCAUCUCCUCUACACUGUAAGGAGAAGAGGACCAGGUUUGUGGGGAAAUAUGCUUGUAAGGAGUGUGGCUACGUGGCACCUUACAAGUCCCACCUUUCACGUCACAUGAGAAAACACACCGGUGAGAAACCCUACAAGUGUGACCAGUGUGACUACUCCGCUGCACAAAAGGGCGACUUGGACCAACACAUUAUGAUAAAACACACCAGUGAGAGACCUCACAUGUGUGGGGAGUGCGGAUACAGGACCGCCGUAAGGUCUGCACUAUCUGUACACAUGAGAAAACAUACGGGCGAGAAACCGUACAGAUGUAACCAGUGCGAGUUUUCUGCUGCACGGAAAGGUGAUCUCCUUCAACACGUCAUGAUCAACCACACUGGGGAGAAACCCUACAUAUGCGUGGAGUGUGGGUACAUGACAGCUGUUAGGGCGAACCUGUCCGCACACAAGAGAACACACUCGAGCGUGAAACCCUACAAGUGUGACAAGUGCGAGUAUUCAUCAACGCGAAAGUACUGCCUGAAACAGCACAUGAACAAACACACCGGAGAAAAGCCCUACUUAUGUGGGGAAUGUUGUUAUAGGACUGAUACUACAGCUAACUUGUACAGGCAUAUGAAAAAACAUAACAGGUAGAAAAGUGUCUUUGGAUGAGGAAUUCAGGUACAGGUCUAUUAAUAAUGAUACUUGCCUAAUUAAAUCAAGCUUUAUGCACAGCCCUUCUACUGU